AAAUGGUGAUAGAAUUGUCAUUGUUAGACGAACUGUCCCUGUAAUUUUGGGUAGGAUAAAAAUACAUUCAAAGGAGUAGCAGAAUAUAGGCAUUCUUAUGGGUUUAGUUCUAGUUCAAUUAAACAAACAUUUUAUAAAAAGGAGUAAUCAUACAUUUAUUAAGCUUUUUAUACUGUUUCUAGGCAUGACAAUGACAAAACUGACGUUACCUGUUUUAUCUUUUCCCUAAUUACAGAGUUCUCUACAGUCAACUGACAACUACAUAACACUUACACAUUCUGUCCCUCAAAAAUAAGGUUCUUGCAGCUUAAAAAAAAUGUACCUGAUAGUGGAGUUCAUUCACGAAAGGAGUACCGGACCUGUCGCAAAGUCUUGGUACUCAGAGGGUCACUCGUGGUGGCCUCCAUACAAGGAGAUAGACAGGGUGUUGAAGAGUGUCCGGUUGAUGGAGGCACCACAACCAGAUAAAGGUUGGACCAAGCAUCAGGCCAGAAUUCUACACGAGUCAGCAUCUUUUGACAAGAUUUCAAAGAAAUGGAAACAGGCAUGCUACACAUCUGACAUCUCGGAAUCUGAAAUGCCUGCAAAAAGAAUUCCGAAAAAGAAAAUAUACACAUCAGAUGAUGAGCCUUGCGAUACUCCCCACAAAAAAAAGAAACUAAAUAAAGAAAAAAGUCUACCAACACCAAGGGUCCCACUUGCACCAAAAGCUCCAACACCCCCAAGACAUAUCAGGGCAAAAGGUCCCCUUGUACGACCUCAGCUAACAUCAUGUAAAACAAUUAACAGUUUUUGCAAUUCAUUUGUCCGCGACCAACAAAAAGCUACAGAAAAGCAACAGCAGGCCUGUUUUGAAACUCCCUCCACUAGUCAAGUUUCAGCUCCAGACGUACCUGUGAGGUUCUGCCAGGAAGUGGAGCACCAAGACACUUGGGAUAAACCCCAACCUGAAAAUCAAGAGGACACAUUUUCUGUGCUGCGGCCUUUACAAGACAGAGCACCACACAACACAUACUCUGUCCAAGAUCCAAAGCCAUCAGCAGAUCAAAGAAAAAUGCAGACACCAGUUUUUCCAAUAAGCAUGUCCCAUGUAAAUGAGCAAGAAGAUGCUUGGGGGGACCACCCAUCGAGCUAUCGAGAAGACACAACUUCUGAGCUGAGACCUUCAAGUACCCAGGCAAGAGCGAAGAAUGCUUCUGGUAUCAGCCGAUGGAGCUGCAUCUCCAGUCAAUACACACGUAAGUAAAAUUUAAGUGCUAAG